CGCCCCCCCGCGCCGGUGCUGAAGCGCCUCGGCCGCUCCCCGGCAGCACCCCCGGGACAGCGGCGCCCCGUCGGCCCCGCAGCAGCACCCGGGCCUCCCUCUCUGCCGCCCGGCCCGGGCUCUCCCGCCGCUGCUCUGCUGCCGAGGACACCUCAUGGGAAAUAAAUAAAUUAAUUACCCCACUCACCCCCGCGGCAGGGAAAGGAGCCGGCGGCGGCCGCGGGAUUAGAUCCAGCCCGAGCUAGAGACCAGCCUAGUUGGAGAAGAGACAGAGACCAAAAAUGCCACCAGCAACAGCAGCGCCACAGUACCCACCUCCAGAUGGAGGCUGGGGAUGGGUUGUGGUCUUUGGAGCUUUUAUCUCCAUUGGAUUUUCCUAUGCAUUCCCCAAAGCCAUCACGGUAUUCUUCAAAGAAAUACAAGAAAUCUUCCACACAUCAUAUAGUGAGAUAGCUUGGAUAUCAUCGAUAAUGUUGGCUGUCAUGUAUGCAGGAGGUCCCAUAAGCAGCAUUUUGGUGAAUAAGUAUGGUAGCCGGCCUGUGAUGAUAGCAGGAGGUAUCCUGUGUUCAUUUGGUAUGAUUGCUUCCUCUUUCUGCAAUAGCGUCCUGGAACUUUAUCUAUGUAUUGGUGUCGUUGGAGGUCUGGGUUUAGCAUUCAACUUACAGCCUGCCUUGACCAUGAUUGGCAAGUAUUUCUAUAAGAAGCGUCCCAUUGCUAAUGGAUUGGCCAUGGCUGGAAGUCCAGUAUUUCUGAGCACAUUGGCACCUCUCAAUCAGUUCCUCUUUAAUGCAUUUGGCUGGAAAGGAAGCUUUCUCAUUCUGGGAGGACUUCUUUUGAACUGCUGUGUGGCUGGGUCACUUAUGAGACCUGUUGGACCGAAAACAGUCCCUCCUGUGAAAAAAGAUGUUGAAAAAGGCACAGGAGAUUCUACCUUGCACAAAAACAACAAGAAGUCUUUUUGGCAAACUAUGAAUAAAUAUCUAGAUCUGUCCCUCUUCAAACACAGAGGGUUUCUGAUCUAUUUGUCAGGAAAUGUCAUUAUGUUUAUCGGUUUCUUCGCUCCAAUAGUAUUCUUGGCUCCUUAUGCCAAGCACAAGGGAAUUGAUGAAUAUUCUGCUGCUUUUUUGCUAUCUAUCUUAGCCUUUGUAGACAUGUUUGCUAGGCCUUCAAUGGGACUCGUAGCAAACUCCAAGUUUAUCCGGCCAAAGAUUCAGUACUUUUUUAGUUUUGCUGUCUUGUACAAUGGCGUCUGUCAUAUCUUGUGCCCUCUGGCAACAAAUUACACUGGCUUGGUGAUAUAUGCUGUAUUCUUCGGGUUUGCAUUUGGAAUGGUUAGCAGCGUUCUUUUUGAGACAUUGAUGGACCUCGUUGGGGCUGCCAGAUUUUCCAGUGCGGUUGGACUUGUCACCAUCGUGGAAUGUUGCCCUGUGCUCAUAGGCCCUCCUCUAGGAGGUUGGUUAGUGGAUGUUACCGGUGAAUACCAGUACAUGUAUUUUGUCUGCGGAGUGAUUGUGAUUGUGGCCAGCAUCUGGUUGUUCAUUGGCAAUGCCAUCAACUACAGGCUUUUGGCAAAAGAAAAGAAGUUAGAGGAUGAGAAGCAGAAAGCUCAGAAGAACGCUGACUCGAAGGAAGCAGAACCAUUAACAAACAAUGAGAAUGAAGAUGCUGCCAGCAGAGCUGAUAAAGCUCUUGAAGAUCCUUCAGAAAGAGAAACCAAUAUUUAAUCUGCAAUAUAGCUCAGAAGGCAACAUUUAUGACUUCCAUUAGAAAUAUGUCUUCAAGACACAGGCCAGGUUUGGUGGUAAUAAUGAUCAGUCACAAUAUUGGAUGGGAACAGAUUUUUGCCCGGUGGCAAGACUGUAAGUUAAAUUACUAUCUAUAGUUUAUUUAUUUCCGUGAUACAAAAUUGAGAUUACAGAGGUAGUGACUCCAUGCAACUGAGUCCAUCAAACUAUGACUCUGGACAAUCCAGAGUCAGGUAAACCAGACUAUAUAUGAUUCCAAUGACAAACAGUUUUGUUUUAAAAGUAUAUCUAAUGCAAAAUUAUCUCUUACUUUUUUUGGGGAAGAUACUUUGUGUUCAACUUUAGAGUAUUGUUAAAGUCUGUUGAAAUAAUCUGUCCAAACUGUAUUUACUGCUAAUAUUGAAAUGAAUAUAAGCUCAAUGAUUUGUUUCAAAAGAGACAGAGUACCUGAGUAAAGCACAAUGAAACUUUUUUCUCUUUUGUAUGCCCACCAGAUCAAAAAGAUACGUUAUGUCUAUAUAAAUGAUUAUAAUAUGGAUGUAAAAGUUAAGGCUAGAAGAUGAACAAUUGGUGGGCACCAUCUCUAAAUACAAUAAACAGCUGAAUACAAUAUAUUCCAGAAAUUGUUUCCUCCUGUGAUAGCUGACUACAUUGUACUUCAACAUACACAUUUGAACACAAAGUACGUUCAGACCUCACCAAUUCAAACUAAGCUGAAAUCUGCCUGUACAUGAAAGGAUAUAAACCCAAGAUUUGCAUUGCUAACCAGAGUGGCAAUUAGUUUGUUCACUUAUGUAUUCCUGUAUGGCUGAAGGGUCUGGAUUGGGCUGUGAAGCCUUCUUCCUAAAGGGACUAGAUUCAGAACCUGCUGAUGUUAAAAGGAUACUCACCCUUGGCUUUUGUGGCCUGAAUCAGUUUCAUGGCAAUGACUUCGACGUAGAUGCUUGGGUUUAUUGGCAAGUCAUUGGUUGUUUGAUGGUCUACUGAGAGGAGAUUUAAGGUCUAACUUCAGGUCUUUGCAGACAGGUAACUUGAUACCAGUUCUCACCUCCCUUUCCCAUGUAUUUAGUGAAAAGCUACUUUUUUGUAAUGCCAGUUCGAGCAAAAAUGCUGCAAGGCACACUGACAGUGCCAGUCUGGAAGCUUGGUAUUGAUGUAUCAUUUUUGUGCAGGGUCUUUGGUCUUGUGUCUACAAUUUCAUACAGACACUCUUAUCAAUUAAAAUGUACACAAUUGUUCCUCUUCCUUUAGGUGAAAGAAAGCAUAAGUCUACAAUUUUAUUUUACAGAAAUUACCCUUGCACUUGAAAGAUAAAAUUGCAAGCUUCUGAAGGUAUUAAGUGAAAAUUUUUCUGUUCUACUUGUAGAUGAGGAAAGGUGCUAUUCAUUUGGGAGAGAUGCAUAUAAAUGCCUCAGAAAUUGUGAAAAUUAAGGGUCUGAUUCAUAAAACAUGUAUGCACUGUUUAUGCAGAAUACACAUACAUUCAAUUCAGGGAAAAGAAUAUAAUUCAUUUUAGCCCUCUUUUAAAUCUCAAGAAGUUGCAAAUAUAUUGGACAGACAGCUAGCUGUGUUAAACAUACUUGGAAGUGCCAAAAACAAAAGAAAAAAAUUAAUAGUAAAAUCUAGCAAAUAUGUGAGUGCUUUUAGGAAAGAGUAGUGUUCAAUAUUACUAUUUUCAUUCUUCUAAAAAUUUUGAUAGUGCUUGCUUCUGUUUUGCUGGGUUAUCAUCUUAUAUACUAUGAAAUUCCACAGUAAUGCUGAACUUUUUCAUUAUCUCAGCACAACUUUGGGGGAGAAGCAUCAUGAAUCUAUUCACAGCAUGGUACAGAAAUUAAUACCUACUUUUUACCUAAUUAUAUGCAGGAAAACUAAACACCUUCUACAAGUCCUGUAAUUUUAUAGGCACAUCAGCAACAAAA